AUGGUACCAAACGAUUUACCCGUAACCAGUAAUCACGAAAAUAAUAUCGAUUCCAAUGAAAAUCCAGUACUACACGAUGAAGAGGAUAGCGAUAUGGACGAAGAGUUCGAUGACGACAAUCAAGGAUAUGUUCCACUUGGCCAAGAUGAUGACGACCAAGACGAAUUGUUAACUGAAACUCCUCAGUCCGAAAACGGCGAAGGCGGUAUGACAACGUGCAUGAAUGCAAAUGGACAAUCAAAUGAUCAUUCUCACCUACAUGAGCCGAUGAAUCCAGCCCACGCUGCUCUAAUCGUUCAAUCAAUGUCCAAUAUAAGCUUACCCUUAUCCGCCACCCCAGAUUGGGCUAAGCUUGUACCAGAAGAAAUGUGGAAAGAGUCAUUACUCACUACCAUAGCUGAAAGGCAUAAUCAGGACGAUAUGUGA